AUGGUUCUUCAGACAUUAAGGGAGCACCAGUUAUAUGCCAAGUUCUCUAAUUGUGAGUUCUGGCUAAAGAGUAUAUCAUUCUUAGGACAUGUAGUAUUAGAGAAUGGAAUAAAAGUGGAUCCUAAGAAGGUUAAAGAAAUGGCAGAUUGGUCGAGGCCAACUACAGUGCCUAAGAUCAAUAGUUUCAUAGGUUUGGCUAGUUAUUAUAGAAGAUUUGUGCUUGAGUUCUCCAAGAUAGCUGCUCCAAUAACUAGGUUACUUAAAAGAAUAAGAACUUUGAAUGGAGUGAUUAAUGUGAGGAGAGCUUUCAGAAGCUUAAGGAGUGUUGAUUUCAGCACCAGUAAUAGCCUUGCUUAUAGGCAUUGA